AUUUAAUUAAAGAUUGCCACUGUCUUUAGUCCAAAAGAAAUAAAUAAAAUAAAAUUGACAGCCCAAUAAUUCAAAAAGAGAAAUCGAAGUGCUGAUUACUUAUUUCUCUACUGAAAAAAAAAAUGGAAUUCUUUUUUGAAUUUCAAUGGAAAAAUCUGACAUGAAUCUCUCCGCACCAUCUUCGCUCUCCGCGCCGUCGUCGCAGACGGCGUCUUCCGGCACCUCUUGGUUUUCCGGCAUUGUUCGCGGCCGCUCCGCCUCCGCCAAGAUGUCCACCAACUCCUCCUCCACCGCCGCCGCCGCCUCCGGCGGCGACGGCGCCGAAGGUGGCAGUGGACCCAUUAACAAGAAGCAUCAAUUCCGUGGGGUGAUGUUUAAGUAUGGCCCGAAACCGAUUCAGGUGGCAUUUAAAACAGGUGAUUACAGACAGCAAGUUAUCUUCAUCGGUGGGCUGACAGAUGGAUUUUUGGCAACCGAAUAUUUAGAGCCGUUAGCAAAUGCUUUAGAGAAAGAGCGUUGGUCACUAGUUCAAUUUCUUUUCUCGUCUUCGUACAGUGGAUAUGGCCUCUCAAGCUUGAAACAAGAUGCGAUCGAGCUCGAUCAAUUGAUAAGUUACUUAAUAAACAAGGAAGAAUCCGAAGGUGUGGUUUUACUUGGACACAGUACUGGCUGCCAGGAUAUUGUGUAUUACUUGCGUACAAAUGCAGCUUGCUCGAGAGCCGUUCGUGCAGCUAUUUUGCAGGCUCCAGUGAGUGACCGUGAAUUUAAAGCAACGCUAGCUGAAACUCCUUCGAUGAUUGAUUUAGCUUCAAAUAUGAUAAGUGAAAAUCGAGGAUCUGAAUUGAUGCCAUUGGAAGCCAAUCCAGAUUCUCCGAUUACUGCCUAUAGAUAUCAUUCGCUAUGUGCAUACAAUGGCGAUGAUGACAUGUUCAGUUCCGAUUUUAGUGAUGAUCAGUUGAAACAGAAACUUGGACACAUGUCGAAUACACCUACCAUGGUGAUGUUUUCGAUGGGUGAUGAAUACGUACCGGAAUAUGUGGACAAGAAAGCAUUAGUUGAGAGAUUGUGUAGGGCAAUGGGAGGUGCGGAAAAAGCCGAAAUCGAACAUGGAAACCACUCUUUAUCCAAUAGAGUUGUUGAAGCUGUUGAAGCCAUAAUAGACUUCGUUAAGAGAGACGGGCCGAAAGGAUGGGAGGAUCCGUGGAGUUAACACGGUGCUCACUUGUACUCUAUUAUUUCUCUCCAUUAUUGGUUUAUUCGACUUUCGUUUAUCGGUUUUUCGGCAUAUUUAGAUAGACGAUUUUUUAUUUUUUUUAUCACCGUUUUUCGUUAUCCAAGUGUUGUAUUCAUUCUUUCGUUUCGUGUAUUUCAAUCAAAAAGUUGCGAAAAUUUAGUGUAGUGUUUUUAUUUACAUUGGUUAGACGGAGAAUACUUCGGGAGGUGCUCGUAAUUAUACAAUCAGUGAGGGGUUUUUUCGUAAUUAAACCUUAUAUCGGGUCCUUGUAAUUUGUGGCCACACAUUAGUACAUGUACCUCUCAUCCUAUCAACAUUAUGUAGCCAAUAUAAAUGAAAACACGUGCCCUGUCUCUCCUUCA